AUGACAGUGGGGAAUAUAGGCGCUGUACUGGACUGCUCCUUCUCCGACUACAUGAAUGAUAAAGAAGUGAGCUCCUUACGACAGCAAAUUAUACGAACCUAUAGUGCAAAUGUGAGAGCGGGUAAAGAAUCAUUAAAGCUAGCUAUUACUUCGUUCGACGACAUAUUGAAAAAACACAUGGACGAUAAAGCACCUGCAUGGCAAAAUUGGAAGAAUAUCAAAAUUACGUCGAAUACGUAUUUGGAUGAGUUUAAAAAGGAGGACUUGGUCUAUCUCACAGCAGAUUCUGAUAAUGUUAUUCAUGAUUUGGAAGAAGGGAAAACGUAUAUUAUCGGCGGUAUUGUCGACAAAAAUCGUUAUAAAAAUUUAUGCAAAGAUAAGGCAGACAAAGAAGGUAUUACAACAGGACAGUUACCUAUCGGCGACCACUUGCAAAUGUCUACCAGAAAAGUCUUGACUGUGAAUCAAGUUUUCGAAAUUAUGGUAAAGUGGGUAGAGCAUCGUGAUUGGGAAAAGGCUUUCUUAGAAGUCAUCCCUGGAAGAAAGUUAAAAGAUACUGUAGUACUCAAUCAAGAGAAUGAGGACGCUGAACAGGACGAUAGCGAAAAAGAUGAGCACGCAAAUGAGAAUAGUGCUUCAGAGAAUCAAGGUAGUAGCAAGCUAGAAUGA